AUGAGGGCUAAAGCCGCCGACAUGCCGGGGAAAGACUGUGUCAAAGUGGCCGUACGCGUCAGACCCUUCAACAAGAGAGAGAGGGACGCAGGCAGUCGCUGCAUUAUCUCCAUGGCCUCCAACAUCAUAACCAUCCAGGACCCUCGGAACGGUCAGGUCCCCCGUUCCUUCUGCUUUGACUAUGCCUUCUGGUCCCACAGCGGUUUCACCCGGGACCGCUCCGGCCUGUACGUACCUGAGGAGCCUGGAGGACGAUACGCUGACCAGGGCAGUGUGUUCCAGGACCUGGGGGAGGGAAUCCUGGAGAACGCUUUACAGGGUUACAACGCCACUCUGCUGGCCUACGGGCAGACAGGCUCAGGGAAGAGCUACUCCAUGGUGGGGUACGGACCCAAUAAGGGCCUGGUCCCCACCCUCUGUGACAGACUGUUUCAGGCCAUAAGGGCCAACCAGGACAGUCGACAGUGUCAGGUCUUUUUCAGCAUGUUGGAAAUAUACAAUGAACAGGUGGUUGACCUGUUGUCACGGGGGUCUCGGACUCCGGGCGGCCUGCGUGUCCGAGAGGAGCUGCAGAGGGGCUUCUACGUGGAGGGGCUCCGUAGGGUCCCCUGUGAUGGUGCCCCACAGGUGGAGCAGCUGAUGGAGCAGGGGACGAGGACUCGCACCACCGCCGCCACACACAUGAAUGCCAACAGUAGCCGCUCACACAUGCUUAUCAUACUCCAGCUGAAACAGAUCUUCUGUAAGGAGAGCAUCACCAAGCAGUCCAACAUCAAUCUCGUGGACCUGGCCGGCAGUGAGAGACAGCGAGCGUCGGGCUCCGAGGCCGACCGGCUCAAAGAAGGCACGGCCAUCAACCUCAGCCUCACCACCCUGGGCAACGUCAUCAGUGCCCUGGCUGAUGUAGCUGUAGGAAAGAAGGUUGUCCACAUCCCCUAUAGAGACUCUGUCCUCACCAAGCUGCUGCAGUCUGCCCUGGGUGGAAACAGCCGGACUGUCAUGAUCGCAGCUUUGAGUCCAGCCGACAUCUGCUAUGAAGAGUCCAUGUCAACCCUGCGCUAUGCUGACAGGGCGAAGCGUAUUCAGAACCGCCCAGUGGUGAAUGAGAGUCCCACAGAGCGCCUCGUGAAGGAGCUGAAGGCUGAGAACGCCAGGCUGAUAGUCUGGAGGAAGAGUGGAGAGGCAAAGAGUCCAAGUUGCUUAAAAGCCAUCCAGAUGCUCUGGGAACAACAUCUACAAGAGGCCUUGAAGGACUGGGAGCAGCAGUACGCUACAAUCACACAGGAACGGAGGAUGAUGCAGAUGUAUCCGUACCUGUUGAACAUCAACGAAGACACUCAGCUGUCAGGGGUGGUCAAGCUCUUCAUCCAGGAUGGAGACUGGGAUAUAGGGCUGUCUGACUCUUCACCCAGAUCCAUCUCAAUCAAAGGCCUAGGGAUCCAGAAUCGUCACGCUGUGUUCAGUAACGUCCAGCGCAGAGUGUCUCUUACCCCACUGGCCGGGUCAAAGGUCAUCAUCAACGGAACACUCGUCUCCCAAAAGACUGAGUUGCAGCAUCUGGACCGACUCAUCCUGGGUUCUAACAGCACCUAUCUGUUCAUUGGCUACCCAUCUGAGAGGGGCGGGGACGACUGGAGUCGCUAUGAUUACGAUUACUUCCAGUCUGAGCUGGCAGCUGCUGAGGGCAUUCACCUUCAUACACUGUGUGACUCUGGUGCUGGACCCGGUAAGACUGACCCCAGUCUCCUAGCUGUGUUCUACGACUACAUCAAACUGAUGCCCAUGGUGGCAGAGGCCAACCAAAUGAGUCAGGAACUACAAAAGGGGGUGGAGUUUAAGUUGGAGAUUAAGAACCUGGCGUUGUCGGACUCUAAAGGUCAUGACCUGGAGAAGGAGAUCGCUGUCAGAGUGACGUCGCAGGAAAACAAACAGGUAUGGCUGUGGUCCAAGGCCAAGUUUGUCAACCGUAAGUUCCUGAUGGAGGAGUUGUACCAGCAGCAUGCCGGGGAGGGGGCAGGCAGGGCUCCCAUGCCCAGGGACAGAGACCCUUUCUGGGAUCCGCUGGAGCCCCUGCUCCUGGGCAAGGCCCACCUCUGGCUGCAGUCUCUGGCCUUCCGUAUCGCCCUGGAGGAACAGCUGGAGGUGUUGGGGUCAGAGGGCACAGAAGAGGCCAUAUUGCAGGUUCAGCUCAUCCCCUGCAACCCCACAGGAUUGCCUCUGGAGGAGGACGAUAUCCUGAUUGACCCCUCUGAGCUGCUGGGGAGACGUCUGGACUUUCAGCUGGUCCUGGAUCAGUGCUGUGGGCUGCGCUGGAUCAAACAGGCCAGGAACAGGGGCAUUCAGAUUGGGUUCAGAAUGUUCAACAGCGCCCAGCCCUUCUACACUCCAGCCGUUUGGCACAAUGUCAACCCCCUGCUGGACCAGCGUGUCCACUUCACCUCCCUGCACACUUCCCAGGGCCUGCUGGAACACCUGCAGACCAGUGCCCUGGUGCUUGAGCUUUGGGGCCUACAGGAGGGAUGCAGAGACAUGCUGUCGUCUCUGGAGGGAGUGAAGAUGACCCCAGAGGGAUGCUUCAUCAUUGACCGGACGGAGACACCUGACACCCCUGCCACACUGGACCCUGUGCCAGAGGUCAGCUGCUCUAUGAGGGCCCUACAGCUGGAUGUGGAGGAGCUUAGGAACACUAAUGCAGCCCUGAGGACAGAGAACCACACACUGAAGGAACAGCUCAAUACAGCCAGGACCGAGUGUGGUCGUGGUCGGUCAGAGAGGCGAGGCAGCAGUGUUAGGCCCAGCUGUGAUGCAGAGUUCGCCCGUGCCCUCAAAGUCUUCUACCACAGUAUGACCUCUGUCAGGGGUCAACUGCAGCGCCUGCGCAGGCACCGACCCAGUGAGGACUCUGAUCUUUUGGGUCUCAGGCUGUUUGUGGAUGAGCAGAGUGGUCUGCUGUGUGAUUUCUCUGAGCUCCUGGAGCAGAGUGUCUCGUCUCUUAAACAGGACGUGGCCGCCAUUGUACGACGCAAACGGGAACGUUCAGGAAUCUGGCCCUGAUUUCCGUCUUGGUCUGGCCCUGAUUCCCAUCUUUGUUUGGCCCUGAUUCCCGUCUUUGUCUGGCCCUGAUUCUCAUCUUUGUCUGGCCCCGAUUCCCGUCUUUGUCUGGCCCCGAUUCCCAUCUUUGUCUGGCCCCGAUUCCCAUCUUUGUCUGGCCCCAUUCCCAUCUUUGUCUGGCCCCGAUUCCCAUCUUUGUCUGGCCCCGAUUUCCAUCUUUGUCUGGCCCCGAUUUCCAUCUUCAUCUGGCCCCGAUUCCCAUCUUUAUCUGGCCCCAAUUCCCAUCUUUGUCUGGCCCCGAUUCCCGUCAUUGUCUGGCCCUGAUUAGAGGAAUGAAUGCCCGCCACAUCAUUAGACCUAUGCCUAUUUCCAAAUUCAUGUUAGAAUUUACUAUGGGAGAAUAAAAUCCUGCUUUUAUUUUAUGUA